AUGGCUUCACAAGCUGCAGGCCUGUCUUCCGUCGCUGGCCUCGAGACGUCCAAAUUCGACUUUGUAGUCGUUGGCGGCGGAGCUGCAGGACUGGUAGUUGCCUCUCGACUGACCGAAAACCCUGACAUCAAGGUCCUGGUGCUGGAAGCUGGCGCCGAUCGCAGACAGGAUCCAAGGAUCUCGAUUCAAGGUCUAGCACUGAGUACUUACUUUGACCCCGACUUCGAUUGGUGCAUAUCCACUGAGCCUCAGUCUGGCCUCAAUAACCGGAGGCUUGGUCAGCCGCAAGGAAAGACUUUGGGAGGCUCAUCCGCCAUCAACCUUGGUAUGGUGAUCUAUCCGUCCCGCUCAGGUUUCGACUCUUGGGAGAAGCUGGGAAAUGCCGGCUGGGGAUGGCAGUCAAUGGCGCCUUACUUCCGGAAGUUCCACACGUACACGGCGCCAGAGUCUAAGACUCAGGAGGACCUCAUGCUCGACUAUGUGGUGAAAGACGCCCAGGGCACAAGUGGUCCCCUGCAGGUUUCAUACGGGAGCGGAGCUGGUUACCCGCCCUUCAACUCUGCCUGGCCACGUGCAUGGGCGAAUCUGAACAGAAAAUUGAUUGGCGACCCUAUCAGUGGAGUCGCUGUGGGCUCGUUCAAUAACCCUGCCACGAUUGAUCCCAUCACCAAGGAGAGGAGCCAUGCCGGAAACGCAUACCUCUCGGAAGAGGUUGCGAGGAGGCAAAACUUACGUGUGGUCACUGAGGCUCUUGUCUCAAAGGUCCUGCUGGAAAAAGACGCAGAUGGUCAGGUCAAAGCAACCGGUGUCGAGUUCAAAGCGAAAGAUGGACAGACACAUCGCGUCGCAGCGAGCCAUGAAGUAAUUCUGGCAGCCGGCGCCCUCAAGACGCCCCAAGUUCUAGAGCUCUCCGGCAUUGGAAGCACUGAAGUCCUUCAGAAGAACGGUAUCGAAUGCCUAGUAGAAAACCCUAAUGUAGGCGAGAACCUACAGGACCACGGCUUCGUCCCAUUCUCUUGGGAAGUCGCGGACCCAGCAACGUCGGCCGACCAGAUGCGCAACCCAGAAGUGGUGCAGAUGGCACUCGGGGCAUUUAACACCGCAAAGGCCGGCCCUCUGAGCACCCACGCCCUCGCCUCGGCGUUCCUGCCAUUGCAAAACCAGGAUCUGAGCCCAGCAUCCGUAGACGAGCUUCUCCCGGAGCAUUUCGACAACCAGCCCGUCCCAGCCGCGUUGAAGAAGCAGUAUGAGGUUCUCCGCGCGCAGAUCCGGGCGCCGGAUGACUGCUCAGCGCAAUACACACUCGCGCCCUUCCAGAUCACACCCAGCGCGGAUCCAUCGCCGCAAGCAACCUUCGCAAUGAAGGAAGACGGCUUCUACGCGUCCAUGGUCGCCGUGCUCAACCACCCCUUCAGCCGCGGCUCGGUCCACAUCCAGUCGUCCGACCCGGAGAAGCUACCAAUCGUGGACCCGCGGACCAUGACGCACCCGCUGGAUCUGGAGCUACACGCGAGACAUGCCCUCCUGCUGGAGACGCUCCGCGACACGAGCCCCUUGCGCGAGCUGUUCAAGGAGAGUGGGCGCCGGAUCCACAACGGGGGCAAGAGGGUGCAGACUCUGGACGAGGCCAAGGAGGCUGUGAAGAACGGCUUCACGCCGCAUUAUCACGUGUGCGGAACCGCGGCCAUGCUCCCCAGGGACGAUGGUGGUGUGGUCGAUCCCAAGCUGAGGGUCUAUGGUGUGAACGGCCUGCGUGUGGUCGACGCCAGUGUUUUCCCCCUGAUUCCUAGGGGAAACAUCCAAGCCGAUGUGUAUGCUGUUGCGGAGAGGGCGGCUGAGAUUCUGAUCGAGGGAUGGAAUGAGAGGUCAUGA